AGGAGUAAAAAUUGCAUCUUGAAAUUCAAUCUUUGUUCAUUUCCAGAGAGAGAGGCAGAGAGUUGCAGCUUAAUCAGCUCCGAUUUACAAUUUAUUAUACAUUAGAGCUUCAGCAUACGGGAAAUCGAUUUAAUCUCUCACAAAAUGCCAAAAUUUUGCAGGAAUUUCUUCGCGAUUCAAAGACCAAACACGCGGCGAAUCAAGGGCUUGUUUCCUUUCAAAUUCAAAGAGUUUCGUGUGCUCAAGGCAAUACUGAAAGAAACUGCCGCAUUCAAUUCAUUAAUUGUAUGGAUUUAAAUAUGCCCACCACCUGUUUGACUGGGUCCGCAACGAAUUGGCUAAUGUAGGAGUGGUUCUUGAUCUUGACUCUGAACUGUUGGAAAGAUAUGCAAGACUUGCAUCUCUAUGGCGAUCGAAGAUUUCUACUCCAACCGCAAUUACAGCACCAUGAUCGAGCCUCAUUUCAGAGACUCAAGGAGUGAUGUUGUUGCUGCAGCUUCUGCAGCUAUAGAUUUGUUAAAGAAUAAUCAAGUGAUGGCGAUAAUCGGGCCACAAAGAUCUGUUCAAGCAGACUUUGUAAUAGAUAUUGGUGACAAGGUGAAAGUUCCAAUAAUAUCUCCAGCAACGAGCCCGUCUAUAUCAACUAAAGACUCAUCAUACUUCAUAAGAUCAGCAUGGUGUUCCUCUUCUCAAGUCGAAGCAAUUGCAGCAAUUGUGAAGAAAUUCGGUUGGAGGGAGAUUGUUUUUGUGUACGAGGAUACCAACUACGGAAGCGGAUUAGUGCCGUAUAUAACUGUGGAUCUGCUUAAGAGCAAUGCUUUGGUCUCGCACCAGACUGUUAUUCCCUCUGAUGCCACAGAUGAUCGAAUCCGACAGGAGCUCUAUAAGUUGACGAAUAUAAGGACACGGGUGUUUGUGGUUCAUAUGGUGCCAGGCCUUGCAUCCCGUUUCUUCAAGGUGGCCAAAGAAGCAGGGAUGAUGGGAAAGGGGUAUGUUUGGUUAAUUGCUGACGUGCUAACAAGUCUCUUGGAUUCUAUGGAUCCACAGGCUAUGGAGGCCAUGCAAGGUGUAAUAGGUGUGAAGGCUUACGUUCCAGAAUCCGGUAAGCGUACAGACUUUGAAAAGAGAUGGAGAAAGAGGUUUCUUAUGGAGAAUCCGGAGAUGGACAUAACAGAACCCAAUGUUAUUGGGUUGUGGGCUUAUGACAGCAUCACAGUUUUGGCAGAGGCAAUUGAACGAGCUGGUGUGACAUCCCCGCAGUUCAAUAGAUCUGUUGGUGGAGGAAAUUUGACGGAUUUGGAAGCAAUGGGAACAUCGUUGGCUGGACCACCACUUCUUGGUUGGAUCAGAAACCACACGUCCAAAGGGCUGAGUGGUGAUUUUAACAUAAGUAACGGCCAACUACAGGCGUCUGCAUUUGAGAUAGUUAAUGUGAAUGGAAGAAAAGAAAUCCGAGUUGGGUACUGGACUGAGCAAUGUGGAAUCUCAAGGGAGUUUAAGCCAGAUGAUCAUCAAGAUGAUUGCUCGAACGAAAAGGAAAAUCUUGACCCCAUUGUAUGGCCAGGAAAAGAAAGUAAUGUGCCUAAAGGGUGGGAAAUUCCUGGGAAUGGGCAAGCGUUGAAGGUUGGAGUGCCAGAAAAAAGGGGUUUCAAUGAAUUCGUUAAAGUUGUGACGAAUGAAGAAACAGGUGAUGUUCAACCAACAGGUUUCUCGAUUGAUGUUUUUGAGAAAGUAUGGGAAAAAAUUCCGUAUCAUGGCUCAGUCAGAUAUUUUCCCGUCAAUACAGAAGGUGGAGGUUAUGAUGAACUUGUUCAAAAAUUGGAGGAAGGGGAAUUUGAUGCUGUGGUGGGAGAUAUAACGGUGACAGCCGACAGAUCCAUAUACGCUGAUUUCACAUUUCCUUACUCAGAAUCUGGAGUUGGAAUCGUUGUUCCAAUCAAGCCUAACGAGAGGAAGAAUGCUUGGAUAUUUAUGAAACCUCUAACAACCGGCCUCUGGAUAACCAUUGGUGCGUUCUUUGUCUACACUGGAUUUGUCAUUUGGGUUCUUGAGCAUCGCGUGAACAAAGCAUUCCGCGGUCCACCUAAGCAGCAAGUUGGCAUGAUAUUCUGGUUCUCAUUCUCAACGCUUGUUUUUGCACACAGGGAGAAAGUGAGGAGCAACUUGACAAGAUUUGUGGUGAUCGUAUGGGUGUUCGUGGUGCUGGUUUUGACAUCAAGUUACACUGCAAACUUGACGUCUAUGCUAACAGUAGAUCAACUGCAACCUAAAGUCAACGAUAUUAAUGACCUGGUAAAGAAUGGGGAGUAUGUUGGCUACCAAACGGGCUCAUUCGUUCAUGAAUUCUUGACAAAGAACGAAAUUCUUGAAUCCGGAAGACUGAAAAACUACAGCACUUUGGAUCAAUUCCAUGACGCGCUCUAUAAAGGCAGCGCAAAGGGUGGAGUAAGCGCGAUCAUAGAUGAACUCCCUUACAUUCGGCUUCUCCUUUCCAAGCAUUGCGACAAGUAUACCAUGAUUGGUCCAAUAUAUCCAACUUCUGGCCUUGCUUUCGCAUUUCCAAAGGGUUCGCCGCUAGUUUAUGAUGUUUCACACAAGAUCCUGAAGCUUAAAGAGGAUAGGGAAUCAAUGGUGAGGAUUACAAAGAAAUGGCUUGGAGACGCGAAAGAUUGCCCCAAUGCCGAUGGAGCUCUGAGCAAAUCACAGAGCCUCAAUGUUGACAGUUUUCAGGGGCUCUUCGUCAUUGCUGGGGUGUCAUCAACGCUAGCUCUGGCUAUAUUCAUGUCCCGUUUCUUGUAUGAGAAUCAGUAUGUUUUAACAUCUACUGCUUCGAGGAAGGAAAAGCUGCUCGGGCUUGCUAGAAUUUUUACGAGGGAGAAAGAUGAGUCGUUGUCAUCCAAGGAAACGCAAAGUCCUGAUCGUGGAGUCGGAGUUUCAGCAGCAGCAAGUCCAGCCAUGAGCAUUCCAUGUGAUCAAGAUCAAGGGAUGUUUUCACAAGAUGAAGGAUUCUCAACAGUAGAAAUCUCUGUUAAUCAACCUCCACAAGAGACUAAUUCAUGAGUACGAUUCUAGUUGUAGAAAAUAUUUAGGUUAUUUUUUGUUUUAAUUAAGUGGCAUUUCUUUUAGACAAAAGAGUUCUCACAUGAUGUAUAAUUAGAGCAUCUGAACUCUUUGCCACAUGCUAUAUUCUUGUAUGUGUUGGAAUUAAAUAAUUUAAAAUAAUGGAGUAGUAGAAUGAUAUUUCUUGUAGAUAAA